AUGUACACAACAGAAAUGCUUAAGUCCAUGUGUCUGCUAGGAUCACUGCAGUUUCAUCGGAAAGGAAAAGAACCUUGUGCCCCACCCAAGAUCCUAGAUACUAAAGUGGAGGAGAGUUCCGAAGUACCUAUUUUAGAAGACACGUCAUCAUCACCAACAGAUAUUCAACAGCAUUUAUGGCAGGUUUCCACAGAUAUUGAAAACACUGAAAGAUAUGAGAGAAAUGAAAAACCUCUUAAGUAAACUCAGGGAGACUAUGCCUUUACCACUGAAAAAUCAAGGUAG